AUGGAUGACUUCAGCCCGGGGCGCCGGAGCCCGUCCAGGGGCUCGCGGUCUCCGUUCUCCCGCGAGAGAGGAGUGGGGAAAGCCGGCGGCGGCGUGAGCCGCGCGUCUUGGCGCUCGCUGUCCUCGCCGCGUGGCCAGAGAGACGAGGCUGACCGAAGUUCACCCGAGCGCCCGAGCGUCUCGUCUGCCUCCGCCGGCGGCAAGGCGCAGAGAGUGAGUCCGUGUCCAGACUCUGGGCGACGGCCGCCGCGCGCCAACGGCUUCGGCGCGCGAGAGGGGGAGAGUGACGGAGAGGAAGGCAGCCAGACGCGGAGAAGGCCCGCCUUCGGCGCUGCGGCUCGAAGGGGCUACGAAGACGAAGACGAAGAGAGGGAACGGGGCCGAGCCGCGAGCCGGCGCGAGGAAAGUUCCGCACUCUCUCAGCCCCCCCGCGGUCCGCCACGGCGCUUCAGCCGCAGAUCUGCGUCGCCGUCGAGAGACGGAGAACGAGAGGACUGCCCUCGACGCGAGCGUGGACUGUGCGGAGAGAGAGACGACGACGAGGGCCGUCGGGACGCGGCGUCUCACUUUGGCUACUGCGGGGAGGAGAGAGGAGACGAAGGGCGACGUCGCGAAGGCGGCGAGAGUGUCGAGAGGAAAGAAGCUGAGCGGAGACGGCGCGACAGCAGUGGAGAGGAGGGAGUGUGGCGCAGACGCGAAGGGCCGCUUUCGAGGGAGGCGAGGCGACGGGACGAGGAGGACGAUUCCCCCUUCUUGCCGAAAAAAUCUUCUUCUUUGCUUGAUGAAGGAGUGGAGACCGAAAGAGCUCGAGAGCGGGGUGCCGAAGACAGGACGUUUUCUCAGGGGCGUGGGCAGCAGCAGCAGGGCAGGGACAGGAAAGAUCUUUCGAGUGACAGUCCGAGUGAUCGACGUCGCGCGUCGGCAGCGUCGAGCCGAGGCGGCCCCCAGGAUAGCGACAGGAGGCGCCUCAACGCCUCUCCUGGCCGAGAGAGAGAAGACGACGGAGACCGGGUGCAUCGCUUCGCUCUCGCGUACAGUGCACAGCCGAAGGGUGAAGAGAGAGGAAGAACGAGAGGCAAGAACGAUCUCCCUCUCGACGAGCCAAGAGGGCGCGCUGGCAGUUUCGCAGACGCUGAGAAAGACGGAGAAAAGGCCCGUUACAGCGAGGCGAAGGGCGGCGACAGCGAGUCUCCGCGGGGUCCGGGGUUGCCCGGGGGGAGAGGGCGCGCGUCGAGCGAUGACCGCUCCCAGCUCUCUCCGACCGCGAAGAGGAGUCGCAGCGCAGAAGCUCCCGCUGGGCGCAGCAGCCUCAGUCCGCCCGCCGAGCGGCGGAGAGGGAGGGAAAGGAGCGGCAGCGCCUUCGAGGAGGAGCCGAGAGACGGUCGGAAGAGCCCGUGCGCCGAACUCGCGAGGACCAAGGCGCCUCGGGGCUGCGCCGCCUCCCUCUCUCCGCGCAGCGAAGGCAGAAACUCGCCUCUGUCGUCGCCGCGCGAAGCUCUGCCGCGGAAGCAACCAGCGCGGCGCCUGCCGCUGCCGCCUCCUCCGCUGUCUCACAGAGAAGGACGGAUUGACCGCGACAGGGAUGCGGCCUGGGAGAGUGAGGGCCGGAGGCGCGACGAGCAGAUGCGGCGAGCCAGCCGCGAGGACGAUGACGAUAUGCAGGGAGGCGAUGAUGCAUUGAGAGGUCACAGACGGGAUGAAAAAAGCCGGGAACGGUCCCUGCCGCGGUCGCCGCUGCCUCCGCCGCGUGGCCGCCAGACCCCGUUUUUCCUCCGCAUCGAAAAUCUUCCCUCCUCGCCGUCGAGGUCCGAAAUUGGCGACCUCGUGCGGGAGUUCUGCGGCGUCCGCGUCCCGCUGGAUAUGAUAGACGUCCAUCCGGCGGAAGCUCGCGCCUUGCUGUAUCUGCAGUCACAGCAGCAAGCUGAGAGUGCGCAGUACAAACUACACCGUCGCUCGCUGAGAAACUGUCGUCUGGAGGUGUUUUUGGGGGACCCGAAAGGCGCGCAGGCAGCCCGAGGCGGCGAGCGCGAGGAUGAUUUGGCGCUGAGGAAGGAGACAGACCCCCAGGACUACCGCCGGCGCUCGAUGUCGCGCGGCGCCGAGCCCGCAGGCCGAGAGAGAGCCCCCUCGCCCUCGUCCGCCUCGGGCUCGUCGUCCUUCCGGAUUCUGCGACCGCGGUCGCCGCCGCGCGGCCGGGGGCGUCGGUCCCCGCCUCGCCCGUUGAUUCUACGACCCGGAAGCAGCGGCUACGAUGGAGGUUCCGCGGACGAGACUUCCGCCGACUGCGGGCGCGGCGGAGGAGACAGGCAUGAGGACGAGAUGGACGAAGACCGCCGCGAAAGAGGGCGGCUCUCCGAUAAGCGCGGCGGGAGCCCUGGGCGGUCGUAUUCGCCGGCGCUGCGGAGGCCUGGUGACGGAUGCCGCCCCAGGGAUACCAGCGGCUCGCGGUCUCCGAAGCGCCGCAGACGCGAUGACGAGGAGGGCUGCAGGGACGGUCGGAGACCCUGCCGCUCGCUGUCGCGCUCGCCUGAAAAGGGAGACGAAUCGCCGCGGAAAGCCAGCCCUAGGCGCCGUCGCUCGAGCCGGUCGGUCUUCGCAGACGGGCGACGGAGGUCGUCGCGCUCGGCUUCGCGACUCAGGGACGCGGAGAAGAAGGCGAAGAGAGACAGAGGGAGAUCUAGGUCGCCUGAGCGGAGACCGAGAGCGGGCUCGAUGGGCAGGCCGUACCCAGGACCCCAAGCCGGACUGGGCGCCGGGGCUCCGCGCCAUCGGUCGCGCUCUCCGCCAGGUGGCGCGCGCCGGUACAUGGGCGGCGGCCCUUCGCCGCCGCCAGGGGCGUCUAUGCGGCUUGGCGGCCGCGGAGCCCCCCCGGGGGGGCGGGGGCGAGGACGCUCACCGUCUCCGAGAUCCAAGGCCCCGCGAGGCGGGUCCCCGCCUCGCCGCGGCUGGCGACAGCCUGCGCCUCGUUUCGGCGGCUCGGUGAGUCGCUCGCGGUCGCGGGCGUCGUCUCAUUCUCUGACGUCGUCGGAGAAAAGCGACGGGCGCGGCGACGACGAGGCCCGCCGGAGGGACGCUGGCCCUGGGCGAGGCGGGUUGCCGCGGCCUGGGGAUCGCCGGCGGUCGCCGAGCCGGAGAGGCUCUCUGCCGCCGCGUGACGGCGCCUGGCGGGGCGACGACCGCCGAGGUCCCCACGACGAGAAGGGCGGCGACGGCCAGCCGCCCCCCCCGUACGGAGACAGGAGGCGCGACCGCGACCGCAGCAUGGAGCGGAAUGCGCCAGGUGAUAGACGCGACCGGAGCGUCAAGCAGAAUCUGCAGGAGAAGACGAUGCUGCGUCUUCAUGAGCGGGGGCGAUGCACACCAUGCAGGCAAAUAAUCAAGGGCCUGGAGUGCUUCCGCAUCUCAACCUGCCCCUAUUGUCACCACGCUGAACACGACCCCAUGUACAACUGCCCCGGAACGGAAGCCCCGGGUCUGGAGGCCGAAUUGGGAUUCGCGGCGUCGGCGCUGUCGACCUCCACCGGGCCGCAAGCCUCUCCGGAGGGCGAAGAGGGCCGCGCGCGCGGUCGGUCGUCGUCGUUGUCUCCUUCACGGGUGGCGGCGGACGCGCAGAAAAAGGACCCGAACGCCAACAACGCCUCGCUGUCGCCGGUUGUGCUCAAGCAGCAUCUCGCCGGAACCUGCCUGCCUUGCUCCGAAUAUAAGCAGGGCCGCUGCCGCCGCGGAGACACCUGCCCCUUCUGUCACCACAGCGACCACCUGCCCGCAGGCGGCGAAGGCGCAGGCCCCAAGGGCGAAACGAAAAAGAAAGAAGCCAAGAAACUCGACUCGAAGGAACAGCAAGAAAAGUACGCUUUGGAGAGACACGAGAAAGGCUGGUGCCGUCCCUGCAAGAAAUUCUUCGCCAAGAAUGCGGAGUGUCCCGCCGUGAAGAAGAGUCAGGCGUGCCUAUACUGCCACCAUGAAGAUCAUAGAGGGGACAUGCCCUCACGACUUCCUAGCCGACAGGCCUCGCCCGAGCGCGCGUCGCCGACCGCGGAGUCGGCGAAGGCGGAGGAGACCCCGCAGGACCCGAACGCGGCUAAUGCGCCCCUUCUGGCGUCGCCGCCGCUGCCGGGCCUCCUUCAGUCUCCGACCGUGCAGGGCGUGGGCGACCAGGCGGCGGGCCCGACGAUCUUGCGAGCGGGAGACGCGAACGCGGCGUCAGCGGAAAACUUUGUCUUCUCAGAUCCUGCCCAGCAGAAGAAGCACGACAAGGGCGUCUGCGUGCCUUGCAAGUUCUACGUGUCGGGGCGACAAUGCUUUAAAGUGGAUCAGGGUUGCGUGUACUGUCACCAUCCGUCGCAUCUCUCCCUCGCUGUGCAAGCGCUGAGUCAACACGGCGACAAGUCGGGGGCAAUGGCCUGCCCUCAGAAGGUUCGCGAGCAGCAUGAACAAGGCGUGUGCCGACCUUGCGUCCAUCACUUCGUUCCGGGGUUGACCUGUGCGUGGGGGGCACAGUGUCUGCUCUGUCACCACCCGCAGCACGCCGACCGCUCCAGUCCGGACUUCUACCUCAAAUGGGAACACGACCGCAACGUGUGCUUGCCCUGCGCGAAAGCCCACGUCGCCGGCAGCGGCUGCCCCGAGGGCGACAACUGUGGGUACUGCCACGAUGCGGCCCACAGCGACCCCACCAGCGAACUGCACUUUGCGCGAGUGCUCCACGCGCGCGGCGUCUGCCGCCCCUGUCAGCAGUUCUUGCAGGGAACGUGCAACCUCGAACAGGUCUCCUGUCUUUUCUGCCACAAUCCGCAGCAUCUCUCAGGUAGUGGCGGCGAGGACGCCGCCGAGAAGGCGGCGCAACCCGGCGCCAUGCCCGUCGUCGUCCCCGCACCCCAGAUGGGCCGGCCCGGAGCCUCGGCGGGGCCCCCCGGCGGCCCGCCCCUGUUCCUGCGCCCCCCCGGCGCAGCCGGCUCUCCACGUGGCGAUGGGCCCGCUGGCAGCCCCCUGCUGUACUCGCCGCAACAGCCAGGCGGUGCGGUACCCCUGACGCCCCACGGGCCGAUGAUGGGUCACCCCGCCGGCUUGCCCGGCAUGGGCCCGCCCCCUCCGGCGGGCGUCGGCGGCGCCGGAAUGUUCCCCCCCAGUUCUCAUCCUCAGCACCCUGGCGGCAUCGCCCCGCCCCUCGCGUACCCCGGCGCCUUUCCGCCGGGCUCGAACCCGCCUGCUUCUUUCGGCGGGCAGCCGCAGAGCGGGGGGUCCGCGCCCGCUAGCCCGGCGGGUGCGAACAAGCAGGAAGGCGAAGGCGCCGCAGAGCCAGGCGCCGGAGGCGAGGCGGCCGGUCAGGACGCACCUGCGCAGCCCGGCGUGAUCUCGGCGCCGCCCCAGCUGAGCAGCUCAGCGACAAAGGGUAGCGAACACGGGGGAGGCGCGGCCAAGAAGGAGGACGAAGAACUGGAUCCCGUCGCAGCCGCGGCCGCAGCGUACGCGAAGGAGCAAGAAGCUCGCCAAAUGCUUCUUCAGCAGCAGAAUCAGAGUAUGCUUCAGGCUCAACAGGGCUUCGGUGGCCCCCCUCCCCAUCCGGGCGGCUGGCACGGCUCUCCGUUCCCUCAUCACCAGCCUCCGCCCCCGGGUGCGGGCCACUGGGGCCCGCCGGGGGUCCCUCACCCCCCCGGAGGUGGUCCUCAGGGGCCCCACCCGAUGGGCGUCGGCGGACCGCCGCCCCCACCGCACCUUUCCCCGCCGCCGCCCGGAGCCCCACCGCCUCAGAUGGGCCCGCCCCACGCCAUGGGAGGCGAUAUGGGCAUGCCCGGGAUGGGGCGCCCGCCCGCGCCACCGCCCAUGUAUGGCAUGGCCCCUGGCAUGGGCAGACCUCCUGUCCCCGGUCAGGGCCCGGGCGGGUUCUGCGGCCCGAUGGGAGCCCCUGGAGUUGCGCCGCCUCCUGGACAGGGGUCGCCGCCGGGUAUGUUCCCCGACAACGCUUUCGGCAUGCCGCCGCACCACCUUGCUGCUGGGCAGCGACCUCCGCCGCCGCAUCCUCAUGGUCCUGCCAUGGGCAUGCCGGGGGCUGGAGGCGUGCCGGGGCCCUUCGCGUCUCCGGGCCUGGGAAGGCCCGCGCCGCCGCCCAUGAUGGGCUGGGGUGCGCAGCAGCACGUCAGCGGGCAGCCUCUGCCCCCUGGCGGGUCUCCGGCGCCACUGCAGGGCGAGACGGGGCAGGCCCUGGGGGGCCCGGCUGGCCCUCUGCCGCCGGGCAUGCCGCCUGCGGGCAUGGGUGCAGGCUCCCCACCUCCUCCUCCUCCGCCACCUCCAAGCGGGGCCCCGAGCUCGGACUCUUCGACUCAGGGCGCCGCAUCGGCUGCCUUACCGUCUUCCUCUCUCGCCGCCAAGAACCCAGCGGCGGCUGCGAUGCUGGAGGCCGCUCAGCAAGCGGCCGCGGAAGCGGCCUCGAAGCUCGGCUCCUCCUCUUCGUCUUCCUCGUCGCCUCCGCCCCCGCCGGCAGCCAGUUCGUCGUUCCUCACACAGAGCAGCCGCGUCCCCGGCAUGUCGCCGGCCGCCGCAGCUGCGGCGGCGGCCGCGGCGGCGCUGGCGGCUGCGGCGAUGGCGGCGAAGAAGAAGGGCGAGGAGGCGCAGAAGGCGCGGGACAUGGAGCUGCAGGCCCAGGGCGAACCGAAGGGUAUCCGCCCGGUGGGUGGCGUCGGCGUCACGCCAGUGGUGGGGCCCCACGCGGGCGCACCCGGCUUCGGCGGCGGCACGCCUCUGCCUUCGCCGCUGCAGGCAUGCGGGGCAAAUCGCUUCGGGCUCGCUGGAGCCCCGGUGGCGGGCCUUGGCGCCUCGCCCUUCUCCAUGGGACUGGGCGGCGCCCCGCGCAGCGGCGGGCUAGCCUCAGUUGUCGAGGCGGCGAAGGCGGCCGUCGCGCAGAAGGCCCUCCUCGCUGCGAAGGAAGCUCAACAGGAGGCGGCGCGCGUCGAGGCCGCCAACGCCGAGGGCCAGCAGAGUCUCCCCGCCGGCGUGUUGGCCGCCGCAGAGGCUGCGAAGGCUGCGGCGGCGGCGAUCAGCGCGUCGCUCGUGGCUAGCAGUGGAUUCACGGGGUAG